AUGAGUUCCGCGAAAGAACCUGAAGCCAAAUUCAUCCUCCCCCCCAACCCCUCGUACCUGGAAACAGGAUCAGAUGAGCUCCCCCUCUCCCCCGACAGGUUUGGGUUUUUCUCAGGCUGGCUGGAUGAGAGACAUCGUACUACUGGCUGGGGCGUUCUUCUCCAGCUGGCCGGCACCUGUUACACUGCCAGUCCCUGGGAGGGCCACCUGCAGCUAAAAUUGCCAGAAGGCAGGUUCUCUCCCACUUCAAAGCCAAGCCACGACCGGAGACCACAAGGCCAGGUUCUUCCAUCUUCUGUUCUCCGAAAACUGGCAGAAAGGCCUCAGCUGCCGGUCCGGGAAGUGGCUGCUCUUCACACACUUAUCUUGGGGGCGUGUAAGGCCAGGCCUGCGAGCAAAAGUCUUCUGACAACUAAGGGGCUGUUUGAAAAGGCGGUGGAGCAGCCAGACAGCCUGGGACUGCAGAGUAAAAGCCCUCUCGCUCCCUUCCCGGCCCCCACCCUAAUCCCCCACCUUCGGCUGCUUCUCACCUACUCUGGCUUCCUCUUCAGGGGAGAGCAGAGCGGAGAAGAAAUGGGCGCUCUGCUGGGCUUUCGUCCGGAGGCGGAGCUGGGGAUAGCUGAGGAGGGCGGGUGGCUUCCCAGCGCUUACUCCACUAGGGCAGAAGAAGUGUGUGGAGCCAGGGACCUGGAGCCAGGAGUACCAAGGCAUGGUAGCUGUGUGACCCUGGACAAAUUCCUUAACAUCUUGAAUCUCGUCUUCAUUUUUAAAACGAGGAGAUAAAGUACCUGUACUACCUCCCUCGCAGGACUGACUUGAGGUUCCUCUGAGAUGGUGUCUGUCCGAAGAGUGCUUUGCAACUUUUAAAGGCCAAUGAAGGUGUCAGCCCUUAAUAUUGGGGGGGGGGGGGCCGGCGGCGAGAUUUUUUAUUUCAUCCAGAUAAACAGGGGCUGCUGAAGAAAAUUUCCUCUUCCUUUUGUCCCUCUGCUCGGCAAAGUAGAGCUAUAGAGUUUCCUGAGGCACUAAGUGGGUAAAUGACCGGGCUGGGAUUACCCAGUCUGUAUCAGAGGCAGUCCAUGAACCCAGAUCUCCCUCACUUUCCAGCCACGAUGCCUGGAGCGUGGUCCUUGCUGCCUCGUAGUCUUCCUUUUGGUAAUAGAUUAUGUUAGCUAUCGUUAUUUGGCCAAUAAGUGACAUCCGCUGUUACCAUUGGGCCACUGCGAUUCUUGCCUGCCAGCUCUCUAGAGCCCUUUGCUUCUCCAGAGUUCAGGAGUCUCAAAUAAAGUGUUCUUUGGGGCAAAGGGUUUUGGGCUUCCAGA